AGUAAAUCAUCAAUUGUGAUAUUAGGAACACAGGAAUUGGAAUGGGUUUUCUCACUGUCAGUCUUUUGCUUUUUAUCUUAGGGGUUAUGUUUUUCCUUGAUAGGGCUUUAUUAGUGAUGGGAAAUUUAUCAUUUCUGAUUGGACUUUGCUUAUUGAUAGGAAUUAAAAGUACAUUUUCAUUCUUUCUAAAGAAAGGUAUUUAAUAUGUAUUUAAAUAUUAGGCAAAAUUAAGGGAAGCAUUUUCUUUUUUUUGGGAUUUUUUAUCAUCAUAAUAUUUAGAUUAUCUAUUGUUGGAUUUCCAUUAUAAAUUUAUGGACUUUUCUAGAUGUUUAAAUCAUUCCUACCAUUCCUAUAUGAUAGUGCAACAAAAUUACCAAUUAUUGGCAGAUAUUUAAGUAUAAUAUUUAACAAAAUUUAAAGGAAAUCCAUAAUUAAAGAAAAUGGUUGAUGAAGUAUCAGCCAAAGGUCCAUCAGUAUGAG